GCUCCCCCUGAGAAACCAACAGGUAGCCUGGCUGCAGGUAGAUGGUGCUGUUGGUGCACCGGGGCGCCAACUCCAGUAGGCUCUGAGUCAAUGCGUAUUUCCCCCCGAUCAGUUGUUAUGAUAAACGUCGAGGGAGAGGUCAUCUCCUCGACUUGAACACGUCUGCAGUAACAUUGAUGCUGAGGAUCCCCUGCAGGCUGAGUGCGCGCUGCGACAGGAUCAGUUUUGGAGUCGCCAGCGGUGCGCGUCAGUUUGGACCCAACACACACGAGCUGGUGGACCGGUUGCAUCGUUUUUAAAGUUUUAACCCUGCUGCCUCUUUCAGCGCAGUGGGAUUUAUUCCUCUGGAGAACAUUGAGAAUUGAGGACUUUGUGUUUUUGCGUGUGCUGCUCUACUAUGGGGGAGACCGUGCGUGCGUAAUGGGCAGAUAUGUUUUCGCUCUGUGGAAGUUUAGCCGUGCGCCCGCUCCCCUAACCCAAACUCCCAUCUUUGCGUUCUGAUCAUCAUCCUCUGACUGAACUCUGCGGGAGGUUUAAAACGACAUGGCCAGCGAGCGGAAACCGCGGCUUUGUGUCAUGGCUAAAGGGGACAACGGGUAUGGAUUUCACUUGCAUGGCGAGAAAGGGAAGAGCGGACAGUUCAUCCGCAAAGUGGAGGCUGGCUCCCCCGCAGAAGCGGCGGGGAUGCGCGCAGGGGACCGAGUGGUGGCAGUGAAUGGAGUGAACGUGGAGAAAGAGACGCAUCAUCAGGUGGUACAGUGGAUCAAAGCCAUAGCCAACGAGACCAGGUUACUAGUGGUGGACAAUGAGACACACGAAAGUCUGCGGAGUCUGCGCCUCACGGCUACAGAGGAGAUGGCUGUUGUCGGGACGGGCCCUUCGUCCUCUCCCCCGGUGUCCCCGUCCCCGUCUUCAGUCCCGUCCACCCCGGGCAAGAAGCGGGAGAACGGCUCGGUGUCCAAGCAGCCGCUCACGCUGAGCGGCCAGGUGCAGAAGCCCACCAGGAGGUCGCCAUCGAAGGCAGCAAAGAAGGAGGCUCUUGCGCAGGCUGACGCUCACAUCCACACGCAAACCCAGCCACGGCCCACGGUCAACCCGUCUGAGCUUGUUCCACGUCUGUGCCACCUGGUGCGGACAGAGACGGGCUACGGCUUCAACCUCCACAGCGAACGGUCACGACCCGGACAGUACAUCCGCUCCCUGGACCCAGGAUCACCUGCAGACGGCGCCGGGCUCCGGCCUCAAGACAGACUCAUUGAGGUAAAUGGUGUGAACAUCGAGGGCAUGCGGCAUGCAGAGGUGGUGGCCUUCAUAAAGAAAGGGGGAGACGAGACCUGGCUGCUGGUGGUGGAUCCAGACACAGACGAUCACUUCAAGAGGAGGGGGGUUAUCCCCACAGUUGCUCAUGUCAAAGACUAUGAUGGUCCGUCCAUAUCCAACGGCUCCCCCAGCCCUCAGAUCAACGGCAGCUCCACCACGCAGUCCAUCAGGUCCACGCGCUCCGACCUCAGCAGCCAGGGCAACAGCACACAGCUGGCGGACGAUGAGGGCAGCCCGUUGUUGGAUCCAUUCGCUGAGAUGGGCCUGAGUCUAAGCGCCACGGCAGCAGAGGAAAAGAUGAAGGUGCACGCCAAAGAAAAGAGGAAGGCACCACAGAUGGACUGGAUGAAGAAAUAUGAACUCUUCAGUAAUUUCUGAGACAGUCCCCUCACAGGACACUUCACAGAACAAAGGACAGAGCUGUCUGCAGCCCUCUGCGUGGAUGAGUUUGUGUUGUUGGAGAACAUUCUUACUACGCUUAAGACGACUCAAAACAACUGAACAUCAUUUGUUCCUGGAAUGAAAAGUGACAGAGGGAUAAAGUCGUCCAAUGGAUUUUACUUCAGCCACUUAAGAGACUCUUAAACUGUUAAAUGUCCCUCAUCAAAGUACAAUAAAGCGUUGACUGACCUCAGAAACUGACAUGUACACAGACAUGUACUUUUAAACACGUUUUCACGAAUUUGCCUCAAUCCCCAUCACUCUUCCUCUACUUUUAUCAUUCCCUUUCCUGCCUAUACUCCGAGAGACUUGUUUCAAACAAAUGGGGGAGGCAGUUAUUUUUAUAUUUAAAAUAUAUAAACUAUAAACUACAGAUAAGCAUUAUCCCAAAAUCAUGGUCUGGAUCAUGGACUGGAUUUUAGAUAGUUUAAUGGACACUGUGACAUUAUUGAUUGUGGACUUUGUCGGUCAGCGGAAGCCCAAACUUGGCAGAAGAUCACUGUGAAUGAGCUGAGACCCUCCCCCCCCUCCAGCCCACCUAGACGUUUAACCACUGACUGAGAAAAGGAGGGCUGCGUGUGCUGGUUAUGUAUAAUGUACUCUACAUCUAUUUGUACUUUAACAAGGAGAUAAUCAAGUUAUCCUCAGCUUAAGCCCACAUAUAUGCACCGGCUGAACCGCUUCAGAUCUGCCUUGCUUUAUUCAGAAAGAACCAAUGUUACUUGUUAUUUAGUAUAAAAUACGCUAAUACGUGUAUCACCACUAACCUCUUUCCCCAGAUUGUGCUCCAGUGUGCAUAACAAAGGUAAGCACCACUAACAUUAAAUGCAUUGAUGAAGUGAAUAAUAGAAAAUGGAGGUUUCUCAGGCCGAGUGGGUCGAUGAGAGCUUAAAGCAACACUAUGUAACUUUUACUAACAACAGCGCCCUCUGCAGACACAGUUUUUUUAUGUAGAGAAAAAGUAACCCAUCACAGCUCUGAUUGCGUAGUCCCGUAGUGAACGGUGGAUAUUACCCAUGACCCCCGGCUUCCAUAACCAGAAGAGCUGCAGCUGUGAGAAAAUACACCAAAGUCUGUUUAGGAAUAUUGAUAUUUGAAAAGUUUCCCCACUGACAACUGGAGAUAAACGCUGGUUUUAAUGACAUUUAAGUCUUUCUAACUAUCUACUGUUCAGCUUUACUCUUCAGCUUGUUGAACCUAAUUCUAGAAAUCCAAGCUCAGUUAUGUACGUCUCACAGGAGAUUGUACGCGCUCACCAAAGUUAGAUUGAGCAAGAACAGGUGUUGGUGGUUAGCAGAGGAAAUGAAAGCUUCACCAUUCUCCCUUUUCCAAGUCAGUGUAGCGUUAAUAUUGAAGCUGCUAUUUUAAGGUUUAAAAAGUUGCAUAGUGUUGCUUUAAUGUGAACAGCAGAGGGCAAACUUACACCACAGAUAGAGACAUAUUUUUGCACUUAAGUAGGUGUUUACCCGGAGAUCAUUUGUCAUCACACAAUGUCCUAGAAAAAAAAAUAUGAAUUCAGGUGAGGUGGAGGAAAGAAACUCAAAAUAAUCAUCAUUAAAAUAUGUGAAGGACACUUUUACUUUUACUUUAGUUAUUGUGUUACAUUUACACCUGUAACUGUGAUUUCAAAGCAAGCCCAUAUAAAUGGUGGAAGGUAAUUGUCAGUAUUAAUGAUCAACAAUAAAAAUUAAACUGAAUGAAUUUAAAACGGAUUUUCUCAGAACAUAUUGGUCAAGUAUUUAAGAAAUAAGUUAAAUUGAUGAGGAAAACAGUUGCACAAUGACGUACUUCUGCUUUCUUUCUUUUUCUUUCCAGUUCACUUCCUGUCAAUACUUUCAUUUCUGACCUGAUCCCCCCCACAGUACUUUCUUGUCCUUAAAUUAAUUCCUCCACCUUCACGGUUAGCUUUGUAUAUAUUGUUAAUAGUAUUUACAGAGUAAUGUAGUUCGUUUUUUAGCGUUAUGAUAAUCAGUGUCUUAUAAAAUAGCGUGGUUAGCCAGUCAGUUAGCCUAGCUAGCCACUAAAUGAAGAGCACAUACAGUUUAAACCCGCGUGCUCUGCUGCUGGCUUUCACAAGGCAGCUGUCAGUCACCUUGAUUUUUGGCAGCUCAUCCAAGCAUUUGGUAUUAAAAAAAGCGCCAUAGCGGACCAAAGCAGUGGAAAUCGAACUAGCUAGCUCGCUGUUACACGGAGCGACAGGGAAACGAUUUACGACACUGAUAUGAUUACAAAAACAAUAAAAAUGCUAAAAAGAAACUCUAUAAAAACGAAUGGUGAAUACUAUUUGUAGUGUCCCACAGUAAGGAGCAUACAAGACUCUUUGCUUGCAGGUCCAACCUUAACAUGUUAACCAGUCCAUUACACUAUUAACAAUAUAUACAAAGCUAACUGUGAAAGUAAGAAAGCACUGUGUGGAGAUCAGGUUGGAAGUGGAAGUAACAUUAGUCGAGCAUUUAGGGGAAUCAAACCAACGGGCAGUGCAAAAAGCGGAAGUACGUCAUACUACAUUUUGCAAGUAGUAAUUUUGGGAAAGACAAAGGUUUGAAUAUUGAAACCUCUCCUGUUCGACGGUAAAUAUGAAGCUACACUUGGCAGCAGGCUAACUUAGCUUGGAAACAGGUAGAAACGCUUAGCCUAGCUCUGUGUAAAGUUAACAAAUGCUAGCUGACUACAUCUCUAAUUCACACCUGUUGUUUACUUUAUGCAAAAAAAUAAGUGUAAACACAGAAAAUUUGUCAAAUGAGAGUGGGGACAAUUUUCUCGUAAAGGCAAAUGAGCAUAUUUGCCAAAAACUGUCCCCGCACAUUCCUCCGGGUCAGGAAAGGAAGUGGGAUUAAGGCUCAGAAGUGCAAAGUAGCAGAUAUUAGGAUGAAGGGAUGUGAUGAGGUAUCACAUGAGCGGUGUGUGUUAGCAUGGUUACAUGAUGGCGUACAGGAGACGCACAGAGUGAGGUCAGCGAUGCCCUGGAGGAUCUGGUCAAAGAGACGGUGGGAGCCAUGGGGAUUACUGAGGAUUACUACACAUACAGGGACAGCUGUCAUACACAUGCUCGCACACAUUCUGAGCACAAUGUCCGUGAACAUAUGUGUAGGGAGGACGUCCACGACGAAACCCGAAGCAAUGCUGAUGUAAAAGCCUAAGUGGGACUGCAAGUUGGAGAAAUGCCAUGUAUGUGGACAGCUUUAGUUUUUUUUUUUUGGUACCCAUGCAUUCAUACCCUUGUUCUUACUUUACAGAGCACACACGGAAUGUACUGGCUCAUCUCUGCGUGAAAUGGUGUAUCUUGACAAACCACUGUUACCAUGGCUGCACAUGUACAUACAGUAAAAGCAAACAUUAUGGCAGGUUGCUUUUUUUUUUUCAAUAAAGUGUGACUAUUGCGAUAUUGGAUAUAUUAAACUGUUGUUGUCAUC